AUGAUACAGCAAUAUCCGGAACAGUUCCGCACCUUUACGCUUGGGUAUACCAGAGGAAUCACUCGAGAGAUUGUCGAGAGUAUCUCGAAAUUCCUGGACGCUUCUGCAAAGGAGAGGGAUAGCCUACAGAGAAUACUGGGGCGUCUGUACAAAGUGUUCACGGCCAAAGACGCCACGCUUCUCGAGAUCGGAUCACUAGCAAGGUCGCAUGACGGGACAUUGACAUGUUUGGACGUCAGAGUCGUCUUCGAUGAUGCUGCGAGCAAGAGGCAGGUAGAUGUGUUCUCAUUGAGAGACGUAAUGCACGAGAUCUCCGAAGAGGUCGAAGCAGAGAAGUACGGAUUGGUAUAUGUCAAAAUGGACGGCAACAUCGGCAACGUAGUGAAUGGUGCUGGGCUUGCGAUGGCCACGAACGAUGCCAUUGCGCUUUAUGGGGGUUCCAGUGCCAACUUCCUAGAUGCUGGUGGGCAAGCGACAAAACAUACCAUGGUGAAAGCCUUCGAGAUCAUCCUGAGGGAUGAGAGGGUGAAGACCAUCCUUGUCAACAUUUAUGGCGGCAAGUCUGAUCGCGCAUGGUGCAAUAGAUGGAUCAUUCGAUGCGAUAUGAUUGCAGAGUCCAUCGUUGGAGCAGCAAAACAACUAGGUCCGCUGAAGGUGCCUAUGGUCGUUCGACUCCAGGGGACCAACUCCGAGCUGGGACUGAAGAUCCUGGAGGAAGCCGAUUUAGGACUGCACACGGAGGCUGAUUUCGGCAAGGCGGCGGAGAAAGCAGUGGAACUGGCCAGAGGCAGCGAGGAUCUUCCCACUUUCAAGCUGCUGGCAACAGACCGCUUUUAG